AACUGGUGUCACCAACAAUAUGGGCAAUAACAUUGGCAAAUGGUUGAAAUUAUAUCCUGGUAUUCGGCCAAAAAUUGCCACCUUGGAUAUACAUUUCCGUAUACCAUUUAUGCGUGAAGUGUUACGGCUUUGGGGUUUGGUAUCCUGCUCCAAACAAUCUCUGCUGUAUUAUCUCAAUAAAUCCAAUGAUCCCAAACAUCCAGAUAAUCGUGAUGGCUAUACAUCAAAUGCUGUGGCCUUGUUGGUAGGUGGUGCUGAAGAGUCAUUGGAGUCACAUCCGGGACGUUAUGUUUUGGUAUUGAAAAAUCGUAAAGGUUUUGUUAAAAUUGCCAUACGGUCGGGAACUCCCAUUGUCCCUUCCUUCUCGUUUGGUGAGGUUGAUAUUUUCGAUCAGGUUGCCAAUCCUCCCGAUUCUAUGCUGAGGAAAUUCCAAUCAUUUGUCAAACACUUGACUGGUGUAUCGCCACUAAUUGUUUUGGGUCGCGGCCUCUUCCAAUAUACAUUUGGCCUCUUGCCCCAUCGUCGUCAUAUUGUUCAAGUUGUGGGCGCACCCAUUGUCGUCAAACAAAUGGAUGAACCCGAUACCCAGUAUGUCAAUGAGAUCCAUGAAAAAGUUAUCGAUAGUUUGAAUGAAAUAUUUGAAAAGUACAAAUAUAAAUACAUUAAAGAUGCCGAAAAUACUAAAUUAGUUAUUAGAUAAGUUGUUAACUUUU